AUGCUGACCAAGCCCAAACGCAAAGACAAGCACAGAGAGGGCCCCCACCCUGACUCAGUUGCUGCUGCUGCCUCUUCGCAUGCAGAAAGAGAUAUACCCCUGGGGGCCCCCAGGGGGCCCCCCCAGGGGGCCCCCCUUGAAGAUGAGGGCCCCCGCAGCAGCAGAAGGCGUAGCAGGAGACUGCGAGAUCGCAGCCCUCCAGAUUACUCAGCAGAUGAGAUCCUAGCUCUUGUUGCUCCCCAGCAGCAGCAGCAGCAUCAGCAGCAGCAGCAGCAGCAGCAGCGUCAGAAGAAGAGGGGGGCCUCACGUGGGCAGGUCUCCUUAAGACCUUCAGGGCGCCGUCUGCGUAGAGAAGAGGGGAGGGAGGGGGGCCCCCACAGCCACCCUUGGGGCCCCCUUUCUAUUAGCAGCAGCGGUGAAGGGGGCCCCCCCUCUCUUCAGGGGCCCCCUGCUGUCUCUAAUGGAUCUGCAGCAUCGUCCUCUUCGUCUCUCAAAGGCUUAAACAUAGGCCCCGGUGCAGCAACAGCAGCAGCAGCAACAGCAGCAGCAGCAGCAGAUGAAGCUUGCGUACUUGUUCCUCUUAACCAAGCUAGGGCCCUCUUAGCUUGCGCCUCCCCUGCAGCUGUUCAGUUUGCUGCUGCUGCAGCAGCAGCAGCAGCAACAGCAAAUCCAUACCCCCACGAAGCCCCUCAAGAUGCAUUUCCUACAGACAGCCGGGGGGCCCCCUGGGGGGCCCCCAGAAUACCCGCAGCAAGCCCAGGAGAGGGGCCCCCAGUGCAUGCAGCACAGCAGCAAACCCUAGGCAUGGGGCCCCCUUACCGAUCUACGCAUCCUUACAGGCAUCCCUCUGCCCCUCUCUCUUCAUUUCCUGGGAGCCGUCUACCCUCCUUAGCUCCAGGGGGCCCCCUAGGGGCCCCCCAUAUGGGGGCCCCCCAUGUAGGGGCCCCCCAUGUAGGGGCCCCCCAUAUGGGGGCCCCCCAAGUGGGGGGCCCCUAUUCCUUAGGGCCCCCUGGGGGCCCCCCCUCAAACCCUGGCCGGGUAGCUCAUAAUCGAAACCCUUUCUCUAUGCAACACCGUGCAGCAGAGGAGGCCCUCUUUGGGGGGCCCCCAGGGGGCCCUGGGGUGCCCCCUGCUCUGGGUUUCUGCAGGAGACGAAGCAGCAGCGAUACUCCUUUGUCGAGGGCUUCGCCAUUAAAGGGGCUUCAAGCAAGGAGACUGUCUCUAAGAGACACACAGGCUCAGAGUUACGCUCAGGGGGCCCCUGCGGGGGCCCCUUGGGGGCCCCCCUCAGGGGCCCCCCUAGGGGCCCCCCAUACACCCGAACGGCUCCUACACCCGCAUUCAUCGAGAGAACUGAACUGCAGCUUUCCCAUGCAAGAACAGCAGCAGCAGCAGCAGCAGCAGCAGCAGCAUAACAUUAUGCAUAGGAUAGAGGCCAGGGGAGCAACUGUAAGGAGGCCCCUGGGGGCCCCUGCAUCAGCAGCAACCUCCUGGGGCCCCUCUUCUUCGUUGCCGAGGGCCCCCUCAGCCUUUAUGGGGCCCCCCGUUAUCAAUGUUGACUCCGUAGGGGGCGGGUUUGAAGCAUCAACAGCAGCAGCAACAGCAGCAGGAGAUGGGGGCCCCUCCAUGGGGCCCCUUCUAAGUAGUUCAAGGGAUAGGGGCCCCCAGGAGGGGCCCCCCUUCCCGGCCCAGUAUAGAGAGACAGAGAGACAUGCGUUGAGGGCCCCCGCGCACCUCGUGGGGGCGCUGAGGGCCCCUCCAGACACCCCAGCAGCAGCAGCAGUGCUGCAUUUAGAGGGGCCCCCCCAGCCUUUAGGGGCCCCCCAGGAACCCCCUGUAGGCAAGGCUGCUGGGGGCCCCCCUGCUGCGUUUGCUACCCCAGGCUCUUUCAGAAGCUCUCCCUCUAUACUCCCCUCUGGGGGCCCCUUCGACGGAGGGCCCCUUGGGGGCCCUCAGGGAGGGGGGCCCCUGGGGGCCCCUCAUGUUGGAGGGUCCUUAGGGGGCUCUCACGUUGGGGGGCCCCUAGGGGGCCCUCAAGCAGGGGGGCCCCUAGGGGGCCCUCAGGGAGGGGGGCCCCUUGGGGCCUCCCUUCGUUUUUCUAGGGCUCCGCUGCCUGCAUUUGAUUCGCUUGCUGCACUGUUAGCGCCUCCUGCGAGUGAAGAGGUGAAGGUAGUUGGAGGGGGUGCUGCAGCAGCAGCAAAAGGGGGGGGGGCCCCCAAGGGGCAUGGGGGCCCCCAAACGGUGUCUGGAGUGUACAUAGAGGCUGCAUUCCCUUCAGGGGCCCCUGUAAGUAAGGGCAGUGGGGGCCCCCCGCAGCAGCAGCAGCAGCAGCAGCAGCCGCAGCAGGUUCUUGCUGCUGUAUCUUCUGCAGCAGCAAAAGCAACUCUAAAGGCUGUAGCAGCAGGGAAGGGGCCCCCUGUCUUGAGGCUGCCCUGGAAGGGAGAAGGGGGCCCCCCUCAGGAAGAGACGGGGGCCCCUGAGGGGGUGGGGGGGCCCCCCAGCCCUUUAGUAGAACUUCCUGCUGCAGCAGCGGCUGCAGCAGCAGCUGCUGAGCAGCAAACUGCACUGAGGUCCCCUGUCUCUUCUUCUUCUGUAGAAGGCCUCAAAAUGAGUGUCUCUAAUCUGCUGCGGGGACCCCAGCAGCAGUCUCCUCUGGCAAUUGAUGCUGCUGCUGCUGCUCUUGCUGCUGUUAGAAUACAGCCUGCAGCACGCGCUGCUGCUGCUGCUGGUCUCCAAGCAGCAGCAGCAGCAGCGGCGCUGCGAAGAGAAGCAGCAGCGCCCGCAGCAGCAGAAGGAGAAGCAGCGGAAGCAGGAGCAGAUGCUGUUGCUGCAGCAAGUGGAGCAUUAGCAGCAGCAGCAGACUUCAUAUUGCAGGUGUUAGCAGCAACCCUUGAUGCUUCUCGGCUGUCUCUGUUAGAAAUGCAGCAAAACAAACAGAUAUCUCCUCAUAAGGCAGAGGCCCUCAGCACUCUCGCUGAAGUAGCUGCAGCAGUUGCUGCACAGGAGCUGCAGCAGCGGGUUCAGGGCCUUCGUAUAUCUGUUGAAGAGAGCAUAGAGAGAAAGAGAGACGAAGAAAGGAGACAGAAGAAAUCUCUGCUGCAGCAGCAAGGAAGUGCUGCUGCCCUUGAGUCUUUCUUAUUGCAACGCGUUGUACAGUGGAGAGGCCACUGGGUGUCUCUACACGCGGCUACAUCUAAGCGGCUGCAGGAGGUUGCAGCAGCACGAAGGCUGCUUCUCUCGUUUCCUCCUGAGUCUCCUUCCCCGGACAAACCCCGCGCUGUACCUGAAAAAGACAAAGAGGAGACAGAAGAAGAAACUGUCGAUUGGGGGAGACACCAGCCGAGGACGCUGCAGCAGCUUCAGGCGGAGGCCUUUGCUGCUGCAGAGGAGACGGGGGUGCUGCAGCAGGCGAAGCAAGCUGCUCUUGCUACCAACAGAAAACACCUCCGGAAGAUCGAGUCACAGAUGGUUCUGCAAGCGUAUAAUGCAAGGAAGCUGCUGAAGGCUCUCUCAGAGAAGCGGCAAAUGCUGCUACGUUUCGCUGCUUUCUUUCAUCGCCGCGUAAUGCCGGAGACGGACGAGCGGGUUGUUCUCAGCAGGCUGCAGCAGCUGCACGUGGGCUCAACGUUGGCAGGAGAGGGGGGGGGCCCCGCAGCAGCAGCAGCAGCAGCUUCUGCAGCAGCUGCUGCUGCAGGCAGCAGAGGGGGUCCGGGGGCCCCACGUCGCAGCUCAGUUGGUGCUUCUUUGUCAGACUCUUCUUUGUUUUCAUCGUCGUACCCAUACACCCGACGCCCGUCUUCUUUUUGUUUUUCUCUUACAUCUCUCUUAACAGAUUCAUCAUCACCUACUCCAGAGAUAGGCUCCCCCGAGCAGCAGCAGCAGCAGCAGCAGCAGCAGCAGCAGGAGGUGCAGCAGGGUCAGGGGCGGCCCCACAAGGAGGGGCCCCUGGAGUCAGGCCUUCAUAUAGAAGGGGCCCCCAGGGUCUGUACACCUGAAAAAGAGAAUAACACACACUUGCAGUUGCUGCAGACAGCAGCACAGGAGAGUCGUGAAGCCCCCUCUAUUGCACGGAGUGCAGCAGCAGCAGCAACAGCAGCAGCAACAGCAGCAGCAGCAGCGCCUGCAACAGCAGCAGCAGCAGCAGCUGCUGCUGCUGCUGCUGCAGCAACACCCGUAAGACUUGGCGCUGCGAGGCCCCCACUACCCCCUGAGGGUUUUGCGGGGACCUUCUCCCUCCGCAGCCUUGUGGGGUCUCGGCGCAUGCGUUGA